GACACGACCUGUCUGGGACUGCCAGUCCGGAGACAGUGGAGCCGGUGGAGGAGCUGGAGGAGGCGCGCAAGGAGCGACGGAACUCGGAGGUCUCGCGGAUCAUGAAGGCCUUCGAUGAUGCAGAUAUGAACAAAGACGGCUACUUAGACAAGGAGGAGUUCGCCCGGUUGCUGAUGCACUUGGAUCCCAAACGCUUCAGUGACCCCAAGAAGCUGAGCUCGGCGUUUCUGAAAGCGGACAACGACCGGAGUGGGAUGCUGGAGACGGACGAGGUGGAAGCCUGGCUCCGCGAGUAUCUCGCCAAAAUGGGCACCAGCGAGGAGGAGGAGCUGUACAUGCUCCUGACCUGGAGAGAUAACCGCAACGCGGGACCCUUGCGCUUGGACGACCUGCUCGGGGCCUUCCUGCUGUGUACGUCCGCAGGGAUGAACGCUCGAUUUCGAGGGCAAGUGCCUCAGCAAGUACCAGGCUUCUUUGAAGCUCACAAUGUCUCUCCGAUGGAGUUUGUGAUGCUCUUUGAUCACUUGCGAGAGCACCGGGAUGCCACGGACAAAGAUAUCAGGGAACUACUGACUUCUUACAAUUGGCGCUUGAGGAACAAACAGGAGAUGAAGAGGAGCUUCUCAGGGAACCUCACGAGUUUGCUCCACAGCUUAGGGCACAAUCCCAACACACCGGUGGGCCUGGGACUCUUCAAGCAGAUCCUCGCCGUCCUUUCAGCAAUCAUUCGGAUCGACCGAGAGCACAUGCUGAUGUUCUUCGCCUGGUCCAAGACGGAACAUUUCCAGUUGACGGACGCGGUGAUCGAGAAAGUCUUAGAGAAGGUCUUUAUGAAGGUGCCCAAGGCUAAGGAGUCGGUGCUCGCGCAGAGCGUCUCCGAGAACGACUUCUACCGUGUGUGCUUCAGCAUGGAUGUGCUGGACACGAAUGGGCGCACCGGCAUUCCCCGCGGGCAGAUUGCACUGCUCUUCCAGGACAUCUUGCGGAACAUGCAGCAGAAGCUGGCAGAUCGCGAGGCUCUCAAGAAGCCCUACCGAAGCCGCAAGGACAAAAGUCCCAAGAAGGGCUCCAAGGGCAGCAGUGGAGCCACACCAGCCACGUCGGGCUCCCCAACAGCACCAUUGGUGCCGGUGUGCCUACGACAUGAGUUGAAGGGCACGAAGGAGAUCGGCCUUCUCUUGGAGAUGCUUUGGGCCAAUCUACCUGGCCGGCCCUUCCCCACCGUCAUGGACAUGAUCCUCAACUUCCUCGAGCGGGCCGAGCAGCAGCGUGACGCGCGUGGCGUCACGCCCGUGCCGGCUGCAUGACGAAGACCGAGUCUAGGACGAGGAAACAGGAUCGCGAGAGGCUUCAUACGGUCUAUGACGUAAGAUCUUUGCCACCGUCAGCCUGG